UUAGCUACUAACUAGUGACAUUUUGCCGCCCAAUGAUGUGGGUGUACUCAGUAUGUAGCCCUGCCCGCAUUUGUCAGUCCCUCCGCUCCCAAAACAAGGAAAAGUAUUGAUAUACAAAUAGUUUCUUUAUCAGCACUUUUAAAUUGUACUUUGCCACUCAAAUUGCUCGACUGAAUUAGCAAUACCGCGUGCACACGGAUACAGUCACUACUGGACCGCUGGAUUAUAGCUGUUUUAUUUACAACUGCAUCUCAUCCAGUAUGUCAAAAAUGGGGAACUUUAUCGAAACCGAUUAAUCGAAAUCCACUUGAUUAAUACCGCCGAGUGAUCAAAAGGCACGUUUGUCGUGGUUUGCGUACUUGACUGACAACAAAAGGCCGGUUAUCUUCAUUGAUCGGUCCGAGGGUGAGAAUGGGGCAUCCUCCACUAGAGUUCAGCGAUUGUUACUCCGACAGUCCGGAUUUCAGAGAGAGAUUGAAAUGCUACGAAAACGAGCUGGAAAAAACCAACAAGUUCCUAAAGGAUGUCAUCAAGGACGGGAACAAUGUGAUCAACGCGAUUAAAGGUAAACUGGUGUUUUACAGCAGUCGUGCUGGUCUUUGCGGGAGGUGGAUGGAGACUUCUGUACUCACCCGUCUUUCUCUCUUGCAGGUCCAGAAUGCCUGUGACUUGCUUAUCAAACCUUUGGAAAAGUUUAGGAAACAGCAGAUUGGGGUCACAAAAGAGAGAAGAAAGAAGUUUGAGAAGGAGAGUGAGAAGUAUUACUCUCAGUUGGACAAACAUAUGAACCUGUCCUCAAAGAAAAAAGAGACACAGCUACAAGAGGCUGAUGGACUGUUGGAUAAGGAGCGUCAGACAUUUUAUGAGUCGUCUGUUGAAUAUGUGUACCAGAUCCAGCAGGUUCAGGACAGGAAAAAGUUUGAUGUUACUUCUGUACUCACCCGUCUUUCUCUCUUGCAGGUCCAGAAUGCCUGUGACUUGCUUAUCAAACCUUUGGAAAAGUUUAGGAAACAGCAGAUUGGGGUCACAAAAGAGAGAAGAAAGAAGUUUGAGAAGGAGAGUGAGAAGUAUUACUCUCAGUUGGACAAACAUAUGAACCUGUCCUCAAAGAAAAAAGAGACACAGCUACAAGAGGCUGAUGGACUGUUGGAUAAGGAGCGUCAGACAUUUUAUGAGUCGUCUGUUGAAUAUGUGUACCAGAUCCAGCAGGUUCAGGACAGGAAAAAGUUUGAUGUUGUGGAGCCUGUUUUAGCAUUUCUGCAGAGCAUCCUAACUCUGAAUAAUCUCACCGUGGAGAUGACACAGGACUUCCUUCCAUAUAAACAGGAGCUUCAGCUCAGUCUACAGAACACCCGUAACCACUUUGAGAGCACCAGAGAGGAGAUGGAGGAGCUAAUGAAGAGGAUGAAGGGGUCGGCACAGAUCUGUAUUAGACACAGCCAGCAGGCAACUAUGGAGGGAUACAUUUAUGUGCAGGAGAAAUGGGCUCUUGGUGUAACCUGGGUUAAGUAUUACUGUAAAUACUUCAAGGACAACAAGUUAUUCAUUAUGAUGCCAGUGGAACAAAAGACAGGAACCAGACAGACCACAGCUCAACUCACACUGAAGUCCUGCGUACGCCGUAAAACAGACUCCACUGAUAAACGCUUCUGUUUUGACAUCGAGACAAAUGAAAGGUGCAGCCCUGUCCUGCUCCAGGCUAUUUCUGAGGUCAACAGGAAGCAGUGGAUGGAGGCCAUGGAUGGCAAAGAACCGAUUUAUCAUUCUCCGAUUCAAAAGCAGGCAGAGAUGGACCUAAAUGACAUCGGCUUCAAGUUCGUCAGAAAAUGCAUCAACUUUGUGGAAACAAAAGGGCUGACUCAGGAAGGAGUCUACAGGACUGUGGGCAGCAACAUUCAAGUACAAAAACUUCUGAAUGCCUUCUUUGACCCAAAGUGUGCAGCGGAUGUAGAUUUCAAUUCCACUGACAUGGACAUUAAGACCAUCACUAGUGCUUUGAAAUUCUAUCUGCGGAGUUUGAGUGAACCACUGAUGACCUACAGCCUGCAUGGAGAACUGAUCUUAGCAGCAAAGUCUGAGAAUCUGGACUAUCGGUUAGUGGCGGUUCACUCACUUGUUUACAAACUCCCAGAGCGGAACAGAGAGAUGCUGGAACUACUAAUCAAACACCUGGUCAGUGUUUGCAGCCACAGCAGUGAAAAUCUGAUGACCGUGUCAAAUAUGGGUGUAAUAUUUGGCCCCACUCUCAUGAGAGCAGAGGAGGAAACCGUAGCGGCCAUGCUGGAUAUUAAGUUCCAGAACAUCGUCAUGGAGAUCCUCAUUGAGGACUACUGCAAGAUCUUUAAGGGUCCUCCUGAAGAAACCAUACCGCCUCCUAUUCCUCCUCCAAGGGUGACGCCACGGAGACGGCAGCCAAUCACAAUCUCAAAACGCCCACCCCGUCUCUACCCCGGCCUUCAGCCUCCAGUUUUUGAGCGGCGAGAGCAAAAUGGCGCCACCCACAAUGAUGGUGAACCUGAGGGAGAUACCAGCCUCACCAGUCCGUUUCCUCAUCAAAGAACAAAACUGGCACCUCCUUCUGUCUCUCCUCCAUCCAUCCCGCUCUCGUCUCCGACGUCUCGGAAGCCUGCUCACCUCAGACCUGCUCUCCGGCCCUUGGAUUCUGAUGUCAGGCUUGAAGUUAGGAUACAGGAUGGUCAGAAGUCGGACGCCAUGGUGACGACCAAUGGGGAAUCAGGAGUGACAGUGAACCGAACUCAAUCUUUUCAAGGAAGGAGGCCACCACUCAGAGGAACAACUGGAGAGGCUCAGGGGCUGAAAGGACAAUCUUUCUCAGAGAAGAGUUCCAUCUGCCGGCCACCAAGUCGACCACCAGAUCCACCCUCUCGUCUCCUCAAUAAAACUCCAAAUGAAGACACCCCAGCCUCAUAUGUCGCCUCCAAAACCAAAUUUUUUGAGAACGCUUCGAGGCAGGUGGGGAGCUCCUCUCCGAAUGUCUCACCUGCAGCUUCUAGAGAUGAGAACACUAAGUAAGAACUUCCUUUCAGUCACAACUUGUGGAUUGAUGUCUUGUGGACCAAUUAACGCACAUCAGUGGUCAAGAGAGCACAGGCCGGUGUCUGGUCAUGGUUUUGAGAGAUAAAUUAUUAACACUUCUUGACUUCAGUUUUUUCUUGUGUGAAUGAAUCGGAAAGGGUACUGUUUUUUUUUUUGUGAUAUGCCGCCAAUUUCUGCACUUGCUUACUUUGCUGUAAAACAAAGUCUUUGAUUCUUGCUUGGAUCAAAGAACAAAAAGAAAGCAUUGAAUCUUUUUUUUCUUUCUUAAACAUUUUGACCUUCCUGCGCACAACAGGGAGAACUCCCUCCUGUUCUCUCACUCAUUGUGUCCCUCCAUAUCUCCCCUUUUCUGUGACCUACUUCAGAGACGGAUAAGACUUAAGGUUUGAUAGUCUCACUCUACAGACACACUACAGACGAUAGAAGGUGGUACAGCCCAGAUGUAUUAAAUAAUAUUCUGAAUCAACACUAAUCAGUAUUUAAUUACGCAGAAGCUGAACGUGCUGUUAUUAUCUCAGUAAUUAGUAACUGGAAGGAGAUGAAUGACCUGGGUGCUGGUUUUAAAUGUUUUUGACAAGCAGAGUAGUUACUGUAAUAGCAUAGCGUUUCUCCUUUUAUCUGGUGGGACACACUAGUGGUGUUCCUACAA